AUGGAAAUUGGGAGAGAGGAUGAGAUUGUGGACAUGUCAAUGUCACCCCCAUCAAUAGGUUCCAUGAAGAUAGCAGGUAGCAAUGACUUUGGUCACAAGAAAGAGUUCAUUUCUCAAGCAUACCUUCCAAAUAGGAACUCAGAGAUUGACAUACAAGUUGAAGGUUCCAGUAUCAACCAAAAUGGCCCCCUCCCCAUAUUUCUAAAGUUUGAAGAUGUAGAGUAUAAGAUAAGAAAUAGCCAAGCAGCUUCUAAUAACCCUGUGAAGACAAUGGUGUCAAAGGUAGCCACACAACUCACCAUGGAUGAUGAUAGAUAUAAGAAAAUUUUGAAGGGCAUCACAGGAAGCGUUGGCCCUGGUGAAAUGCUUGCUCUGAUGGGUCCUUCUGGUAGUGGCAAGACAACAUUGUUGAGAGUUAUAGGAGGAAGAUUACUUGACAAUGUAAAGGGGAAAAUAACUUAUAAUGAUGUUCAAUAUACUCCGGCUGUCAAGAGGAGGAUUGGAUUUGUGACACAAGAGGAUGUGCUUUUCCCACAAUUAACUGUAGAAGAAACAUUGGUCUUCUCUGCAUUCUUAAGGCUUCCAACUAAUAUGAGCAAGCAGCAAAAAUAUGCAAAAGUGGAGAGCACUGUCAAGGAGCUAGGCCUUGAAAGAUGUCGCAACACAAAAAUAGGUGGAGGAUAUCUCAAAGGCAUAUCAGGAGGAGAAAGGAAAAGAACCAGCAUAGGCUAUGAAAUUCUUGUUGAUCCUUCACUUCUGCUACUUGAUGAACCAACUUCAGGCCUUGAUUCCACCUCAGCAAACAAACUCCUCCUCACCCUUCAGGGACUUGCUAAGGCUGGAAGGACCAUAAUCACAACAAUACACCAGCCAUCCAGCAGAAUCUUUCGCAUGUUUGACAAACUUCUGAUGAUAUCAGGAGGCUAUCCUGUUUACUAUGGGAAGGCUAGAGAAUCAAUGGAGUACUUCUCAUCCUUGAGGUUCAUCCCAGAAAUACCAAUGAAUCCUGCAGAGUUCUUGCUUGACUUGGCAACUGGACAAUUGAAUGACAUUAGUGUUCCAACAGAUAUUUUGGAAGAUCAAGAAAAUUCUGACCCUUCAAAAGCUGUUAUCAAAUAUCUACAACUCAAAUACAAAGCUUUACUGGAGCCGAAUGAAAAAGAGAACCAUAGAGUAGCAAACACACCAGAACAUCUUCAACUAGCCAUUCAGGUUAAGAAGGAGUGGACAUUGAGUUGGUUUGACCAAUUCGUGAUUCUUUCUAGGAGGACAUUCAGAGCAAGAAGCAAGGACUAUUUUGAUAAGUUAAGACUAGUUCAAGCAAUUGGUGUUGCACUUUUGUUGGGUCUCCUUUGGUGGAAAUCCUCAACCAACACAGAGGCUCAACUCAGAGAUCAGGUUGGUCUAACAUUCUACAUAUGUAUAUUUUGGACAUCUUCAUGCAUUUUUGGAGCAGUCUAUGUCUUUCCAUUCGAAAAGUUCUACUUGAUAAAAGAAAGGAAAGCUGACAUGUAUAGAUUAAGUGUAUACUAUGCAUGCAGCACACUGUGUGACAUGGUGGCACAUGUUUUCUAUCCUACUAUUUUCAUGGUUAUCUUGUACUUCAUGGCUGGCUUCAAGAGAACUGUCGCUUGCUUCUUCCUGACAUUAUUUACUGUUCUAUUAAUAGCUAUAACAAGUCAAGGGGCAGGAGAACUGUUUGGAGCGACAGUUAUGAGUAUCAAAAGAGCAGGGAUGGCUGCUUCUUUGAUUCUAAUGUUAUUCCUUCUUACAGGUGGCUAUUAUGUCCAGCACAUACCAAAGUUCAUGCGGUGGUUGAAGUAUUUGUCGUUCAUGUACUAUGGGUUCAGGCUUCUUCUAAAAGUGCAGUAUUCAGGAGACCAACUAUAUGAUUGUGAAAGCGAGGGAGGUUGCAGGACCCUGCAGAGUUCACCUGCAUUUGACACUGUAAACCUGAAAGGUGGCUUAAAAGAAGUAUGGGUUCUGCUAGCCAUGGCUCUAUGCUUCCGGUUGUUAGCAUACUUAUGCCUCCGUAGAAGAAUUGACGUAUGCAAUUAA